AUGCAGGUUCUGAGCAGCUCCCCGCGAACCCGGCGGGCGCGCAUAGCUGCCAUCACCCUCCUCGCCAUCCUCGUCGUCCUCACCUUGACAAGGUCCCUCCGCUCCGCUCCCGUCGCCCCCCGCGUGGCUGUGGCAAAGGGUGAGCGCCAACCCGAACCCGCCAAGAUCGUCGCCGACGCCGACCAAGGCACGCCCGCCCAAAGAGAGCCAGAGGAUGUCGCCGACCAAGAAAGCCUGAAGCAGCCUGAUCAGCUGUCCCAGAUGGCCAAGCAGCAACUCCAAGCGGCUGCCGAUCGUGUCAAGGGCAGCGGUGACAGCAGCCAGGGCGACGGCAGCCAGGAACAGCAACAGAGCCAGCAGGAGAAGGAGCAGGAAAAGGAAAAGGAGCAGGAAAAAGAGAAGGAAAAGGAGCAGGAAAAGGAACAGGAGCAAAAGCAGGCGCAGGCGCUGCAGCAUGAGCAGGAGCAGCAGAAGCAUGAGCAGCAUCAGCAGCAGCAGAAGCAGGAGCAGCAGCAAGAGCAGACGCAUGAGCAGCAGCAGGGGCAAACGCACCACGAGGCCGAACCCUCGCCGUCGCCAGCUGCGCCUCCGCCGAGUGCCCCGGCGGCCGCUGCUCCCCUGCCUGGCCUGCCCGAGUCGCCAUCCGUGGUCCGGACCAACGAGGGGUUGGCCUUGGCGGUCGACAAGGCUGCGUCUGCAUCUCCCCCCGGCACCGAACGUCCAAACUGCAGGCGCUUCGAGGAAUGGAUGAGGUCGAAGCCGACACCCUUCUCCGACGGCAAGCGUCAAUUUCCAAACGUUCGCCCGCCGCCCGAGUGCCGCACGUUCCGCCUGCCGGCCCUCGACGCCCUCAUCGAGGAUGUCAAGGGCACCAUCGGCGACCCCGACCUGGCCCGCCUGUUCGAGAAUGCCUACCCGAUGACCCUCGACACCAUGGUCAAGUGGCGCGGCUACGCCAACGAGACGGAUCCGAAGACGGGACAGUCCGUCGUCACCGACCAGGAGCUCGCCUACAUCAUCACCGGCGACAUCGACGCCAUGUGGCUUCGCGACUCGGCCUCGCAGAUAUACUCCUACCUCCCCUUGCUCGAAGCCUCGUCCGAGCCCGACUCCCUGGCGAGCCUCUGGCGCGGUCUCAUCAACUCGCACGCCCGCUACAUCAUCAUCUCGCCCUACUGCCACAGCUUCCAGCCGCCGCCGGAAUCGGGCAUCCCCCCGACGGCCAACGGCGCGUACCACCAGAACCACCCGAUGCCGCCCUACGACCCCCGAAAGGUGUUUGACUGCAAAUGGGAGCUGGAUUCGCUCGCCUCCUUCCUUCAAGUCUCGGUUGCCUAUUUCGAGAAGACUGGGGACCACGCCUUCUUCCAAAAGUACAACUGGAUCGCCGCCGUCGGGGCCGCCGUCAAGGCCUCCGGCGCCAUGCGCCUCGGCACCUACGCCAAGGAUGGCAAGGUCGAGAAGUCGGCCUGGACCUUUACCGGCUGGACGAAUCGCGGCAGCGAGACGCUGACAAACGACGGCAUCGGAAACCCCAUUCGGGAGAACGGCAUGGUCCGCACCGCCUUUCGACCCUCCGACGACGCCACCAUCUUCCAGUUCCUCGUGCCGGCCAACAUGAUGUUUGCCGCCUACCUCGAAUCCGCCUCCGUCAUCAUGUCCAAGCUCGACGGCGAGCUCGCCACCAAGCUGACGCAGGAUAUGAAGGACCUCGCCGCCGGCAUCCGUCGGGGCAUCGACAAGGACGCCAUCGUCAACCGCCCAGACUUUGGCGACAUCUUCGCCUACGAAGUCGACGGCUACGGUGGGGCCAACGUCAUGGACGACGCCAACAUUCCCUCGCUGCUGGCGAUGCCGCUCUGGAACUUUACCAACGCGAAUUCCCAGGACACGUCCACGGGCAAGCCUGCUCGGGACUAUGCCGAGAUCUAUCGCAACACCCGCCGCUUCAUCCUCAGCGAGCACAACUCGUACUUUAUGCGCGGCCCCGUCUUGUCGGCAGUCGGCGGCCCGCACGUGGGCCCCGGCAAGGCGUGGCCCAUGGCAGCCGUCGUCGCGGCCAUGACGGCAUUGGACCCCAUGUCGGGCUUGGACGACGCCGACGCCGAGGUCGAGAAGCAGGUGCGCAUGAUAUUGGAUUCGACCUCUGGCUACGGCGUCCUGCACGAAAGCGUCAACUCCUGGAGGGGGUUCGAUUUCACCCGUUCGUGGUUUGGAUGGGCCAAUGGCCUGUUCGGGGAGCUGAUACUCAAGAUGCGCGACCACGAGAAGGGGGGCAAGGGGAAAGGAUUGCUCACGAAGAGCUGGCAAUAG